UAUCAAUCACCACAACACCUCAGCAGCAUUCAACAAUGGCGUCUUCAAUUUGCAAGCGCAUACCCAUAAACCCAUCUCCCACCACCACCACCACCAGUCGUCUCCCCUCCUCCACCAGGAUCUCUCUCCGCCCAUUCCACCUCGUCCGGCAAUCAAAUGCCCCACGCUCCACCGCCGCCAUCCGCUGCUCCAUCCGCCGCCCGGAGUACAUCCCGAACCACAUUCCGGACCCGAAGUACGUCCGCAUAUUCGACACCACCCUCCGCGACGGCGAGCAAUCCCCCGGCGCCACCAUGACCACGAAGGAGAAGCUCGACAUCGCCCGCCAGCUGGCACGCCUCGGCGUCGACAUCAUCGAGGCCGGGUUCCCGGCCUCCUCCGACGCCGAUUUCGAAGGCGUGAAGUUGAUCGCACGUGAGGUCGGAAACGCCGACUCCGAUCACGUGCCGGUCAUCUGCGGCUUGGCGAGGUGUAACAAGAGGGACAUCGACAGGGCGUGGGAGGCGGUGAAGGAGGCGAAGAAGCCCCGAAUCCACACGUUUAUCGCCACCAGCGAAAUUCAUAUGGAAUUCAAGUUGAAGAUGUCUCGGCAGCAGGUGGUCGAGAAGGCUACGAGUAUGGUCGCUUAUGCGCGGAGUUUAGGUUGCAACGACGUCGAAUUUAGCCCCGAAGAUGCUGGAAGAUCGGACAGGGAGUUUCUGUAUCAAAUUCUGGGAGAAGUUAUUAAGGCUGGUGCAACGACCCUUAACAUCCCUGAUACAGUUGGCUAUACUUUGCCCACUGAAUUUGGACAAUUAAUUGCUGACUUAAAAGCCAAUACUCCUGGCAUUGAAAAUGUGAUUAUCUCCACGCACUGCCAGAAUGACCUUGGUUUAUCUACAGCUAAUACUCUAUCGGGUGCACAUGCUGGCGCAAGGCAAUUAGAGGUGACCAUUAAUGGCAUUGGUGAAAGAGCUGGUAAUGCGUCGCUAGAGGAGGUUGUAAUGGCCUUAAAAUGCCGUGGAGAGCAAGUGCUAGAUGGACUUUACACAGGAAUCAAUACCCAACACAUUGUUAUGGCCAGCAAGAUGGUAGAGGAAUACAGUGGUCUGAGGAUCCAGCCACAUAAAGCAAUUGUUGGAGCUAAUGCUUUUGCUCAUGAAAGUGGAAUCCAUCAGGAUGGAAUGCUUAAAAAUAAGAACACAUACGAAAUUAUAUCUCCCGAAGAUAUUGGACUUCUUCGCUCCAAUGAAUCUGGUAUAGUGCUUGGAAAACUCAGUGGACGCCAUGCUUUGAAAGCCAAAAUGUUGGAGCUUGGAUACGAUAUUGAUGGCAAGGGACUUGACGAUCUUUUUGCACGCUUCAAAGGUGUAGCAGGAAACAAAAAGAUUAUCACCGAUGAUGAUCUAAUUGCCCUAGUCUCGGAUGAAGUUUUCCAGCCAGUGGUUAUUUGGAAAGUUGAAGAUGUACAGGUUACAUGCGGAAGUCUUGGCCUUUCAACAGCAACUGUCAAACUCAUUGAUGCAGAUGGUGCUGAGUAUAUUUCUUGUUCAGUUGGAACUGGGCCCGUUGAUGCAGCAUAUAAAGCGGUUGAUCUUGUUGUUAAGGUUCCUGUAAGACUUCUCGAGUAUUCGAUGAAUGCAGUGACUGAAGGCAUUGACGCUAUAGCCACAACGAGGGUUCUUAUUCGUGCAGAGGAUAGUGUCACAGCAACCCAUGCUAUGACCGGAGAAACUGUAAACCGGGCAUUCAGUGGAACUGGAGCAGCAAUGGAUAUUGUCAUAUCAAGUGUUCGAGCUUACGUUGGUGCACUGAACAAGCUGAUUGGUUUUAAUAUCCGUUUAGAAACGGAAGAUUCGGGUGAAACCAAGGUUUUGAAUGCAUGUAAGUGAAAGUAGCUGUGUGUGACGGUAUAAAACGUCUUGCGUAUAUCUUGUAUUUUAGUAUUGUCAACAACUUAAAAUGGUUGGAUAAUGCUCUACUGCGAAAAGUGCUGCAUGUAUGUGUUCAACAUUUUUGUUAAACUAUGAAAAUUUGGGUGUAGUAAUAAUGGUGAGCGAGAUGGGGUUGCGGGCAGCUAAGCUAUCCGGUGACUCAGCCCUGAUCUUUCAUUGAUAAAGUGUAUUGCCUGUAGUAAAAUUGUGACUUUGAAUUCGAGAUUUCGAGUUUGAAUAAGGGUUUGCAUUAUAAACCAAUUUUCCAAUUCA